GAGGGAGGGGCUUUACUGCAUUCCUCUGACUCCCAGACUCAAGACCGACCCCUGGACCAGACCAGGACCAGACCAGGACCAGACCAGGACCAGACCAGGACCAGACCAGGACCAGACCAGGACCAGACGGGACUGCACCUGAACGGGUCCAAACUCGGUCCAAAACCAGCUCUGAGUCUCACCUGGACGUCUCAUCAGACGUUGACCAAGUCCAGACCUGGUCCAGAGAAGAUGGCCGCUGUCCUGGGACUCCUCCUGGGGGCGCUCCUGGUCGUGGUCGGGUCCGACCCGGCCCCCAAAGCCCCUGUAGCCCCCGUGCAGACCCCCGUGCAGACCCCUCUGUCGGGGGAGGGGCAGCCCUGUGUCCGAGGGGCGGGGCCUCACUGUGGGGCGGGGCUCGAGUGUAUCCGCGCCGACAAGAAGAGCAAAGUGGGAGUGUGCAGGUGUAAGAGCGCGCACGAGGUCUGCGGCUCGGACGGUGUCACCUACAAAAACCCCUGUGCCCUGAAGAGCGCCAACGACAGGAGAGACGCGGAACUGCAGCCUGUGACAGUGAAGGGCAAAGGCAGCUGCCCGUCAGCUCCUCGUAUAGUGACUCCUCCUGGUGAAGUGUAUAACGUGUCGGGCUCUCAGGUUUACCUGAGCUGUGAGGCAGUGGGCGUGCCCACACCUGUGCUCACCUGGAACAAGGUGGUGAAUGGAGGGAGGAAGAAGGUGGAGCUUCUCCCUGGAGACCGGGACAACCUGGCCGUUCAGACACGAGGAGGUCCGGAGAAGCACGAGGUCACCGGCUGGGUCCUGAUCUCUCCUCUGACCCAAGCGGAGCAGGGAGCGUACGAGUGCCGGGCGUCUAACUCCCAGGGGGAGGCGACUGCUGUGGGCGCCAUCCACCUGGUGAACAGCCUGGACGACAUCCCGGUCAAGAGAGUGCUGAAGGAUGAGGAGCUGUGAGUGUCUCCUCGUCUCCUUGAGGAGCUGUGAGUGUCUCCUCGUCUCCUUGAGGAGCUGUGAGUGUCUCCUCGUCUCCUUGAGGAGCUGUGAGUGUCUCCUCGUCUCCUUGAGGAGCUGUGAGUGUCUCCUCGUCUCCUUGAGGAGCUGUGAGUGUCUCCUUGUCUCCUUGAGGAGCUGUGAGUGUCUCUGGAGAAGAAC